AGGGUCCUUGUUUAUUGGCUGAAAGAGAAGCGGUAGCCAUGCUUCUCCUGAGCCAAGCUCCCAAUGGUGCUCUCUCCGCCCGGAGAUGCACUUCUCGUCCUCCUCUCCGCUUCUCCACCUCCAAGACUCCUCUUUUCUCCAGGCCCAAGCCCUCUAUUGCUCCUCCACGGCGUCCACUCCUCUCUUUCUCCACCUCCAAUGGCGCCGCCAGUGAUCCAGCGCCCCCCUCCACCAGUCCUGUCUCUUCUUCAACCCAAAUCGACGAGACCGUCUUCGUUGGGGAUGAAAACGUGCCACUCGAAGGCGUAAUUCAGUUCGAUAAGCCCUCUGGACCAUCAAAGUUGCUGUCUUGGGUGCAGGUGGGGAUUCUGGCCGGCGGCGACGUGCUUUGCUUGUUGCUGUUUGCGGCUUUUGGGAGGUUCAACCAUGGGAUGUCUGUUGUUGAUUUCGAGACUGCUCGGACUGCAGAUCCCUUUGUUGCUGGAUGGUUACUGAGUGCUUACUUUGUCGGUGCUUAUGGGGACGAUGCCAAGGGAGUCAAUGGUCUUGCCAAAGCCAUUGUUGCCGGUGCCAAGUCCUGGGCAGUGGGAAUUCCGUUGGGCCUUGCCAUCAGGGCAGCAACAUCAGGUCAUAUUCCACCAACACCAUUUAUUUUGGUAACCAUGGGAAGCACAGGAGUUCUACUGAUUGGAUGGAGAGCUUUGAUUUGCAAUUUCCUUCCUAAAAUGCAUAGCCAGAGAAGUGAUGUAUACAGGCGUGGAAGCCCGUUUGAGCUUUUUGAGCUUCUGACAUCCUUGGUGAGAAGGUGGUGAUUCAAGCUGUGUAAAUGGGGUUUCCAAUUUUGAUUUCCUUUUUGUUCUAUGUAAAUGAUGGCAUUCCAGCUCAAAAGACUAUUUCUUUGACAGAGAAUUUAUCUUCAGUGUUCUGUAAAUUUGUUUGCUGUGUUUGUAAGAGUUAAAUGUAAUACAACGAAUAAUUUUCAUAAUGAGCAAAGCCUUCCCAUGCAA